CUCUGUCCUGCCCAGCCUCCCCUCCGGUGCUGGAAGGAGAAAGAGUCUGGGGUCUGUGAAUGGGAAUGAGAAUGAGGAAAGGGUUCAUGCUGGUUACCUAAGCGGAAAAUAAUCGAUCUUUCCACCGAGGGCUUAACUCUUCACACGCACUAUGGCUGUCCCGUCUGUGAUGGUGCUGCCCAUGCUGGUAGUGGUGUUUGCUGGAAUCUACUACCUCUACAACGAGAUCAUCCAGUUCAUGUCCAAGUCUGUGGUGCACAACAAAGUGGUGGUGAUUACAGACGCCGUGUCUGCGAUGGGAAGUGAAUGUGCCAGGCUGCUUCAUGAAGGUGGUGCCCAGUUGGUGUUGUGUGGACCCAGCUGGGACAAGCUGGAGUCUCUGCACGACUCGCUGUGCAGCGGUUCGGAUCCCAGUAAAACCUUCCCACCCAAGCUGGUUCUGCUGGACUUCAGCGACAUGGAUGGCAUGGAGGAGGUGAUCGCCGAGAUCAGCGAGUGCUACGGCUACGUGGACGUGCUCAUAUGCAACGGCAGCAUGAAGGUCAAAGCUCCGGUGCAGAAUCUCUCGCUGGACAUGGACAAAACCAUCAUGGACGUCAACUACUUUGGGCCCAUCACCUUGGCCAAGGGUAUUCUGCCGUUAAUGAUCUCCCGAAGAACCGGUCAUUUCAUUAUCAUCAACAGCAUCCAGGGGAAAAUCGCCGUCCCCUUUCGCACCUCCUAUGCUGCGUCCAAGCACGCGGUGCAGGCCUUCUUCGACUGUCUGAGAGCCGAGGUGGACGAGUACGGCGUCUCCGUCAGCACCAUCAACCAUACUUUCAUCAACGCUACGCCCCAGGACGCCACCCCCUCCAAACCUAAAUCCACCAACGCUGUGUGGGCAUACAUCCUGAACAAGCUGACCACUCACGGCGUGAACCCCAAGGCCCUGGCCCGUGAGAUAGUCCGCGUGGUCAACCGGAAGAGGAGAGAGGUGCUCCUGGCUCACCCCAUCCCAUGGACCGCUCUGUACGUCCGCUCACUCGUGCCCAGCUUCUUCUUCUCCGUGGUGGCGGCGGGGGUGAAGGACACAGCCAUGGGUCAGCAGCUCAAAUAGAGACGCACAUACGGAAGGAAACAGAACGGUUUACAAACCAGUGUGUUUUUAGGAAAGUGUGAUUAUAGCCGACUAAGUAAUGUGGGUUUGGAGCUUGGUAUGAUCUGUAAGUCUGUGAACACUGAGCCUUUUGAUUUAUUAGCCUAACAAAACAUCAUAUGUAGAAGUAUAGUACGUGUAGCCUUGGAUUCGGUCACAACUGUUGCCAUUAGAUGGAUCCAUGUACAGUGUAAUAUACACUAUUAUCUAAUGAAACGAUUCAAUAUUUGAGAAAGCUGCUUGUUAGGUCUGUUUGUUAUGUGGAGAGUCGGAACUGUGUUUAACUUGCCUAGGGCUGCCUUUCUUUUGUUUUAAAAAUCUGUUCUACAUCAGUGGUUCUCAACCAGGGGGCAGAGGCCAAAAAGAGUUCCCAUUGCAUUUUAUUAAGAAUAGCACAAUAAUCAUGUGUGGUGGGACAUGAAAAUUAAUAGACUGCUAGCACGUCAGAUCUCAUAGUGUAUUAUAAAUCUAUUUUAAACUACUAUACCUAUAGCUGGGUCUUUGAAAGUGAACGGACAUGUGAUUGUUUUUAACAACGACAGCCAGCAAAACUAAAUACAAGGUGAGACGUCCAUUUAAAAACAACACCUUUUGUCAUAAUAACAUAACACGUGUCCAGGGGGUCUGAGAAAGAUUUUUUGAAUACAGAAAGGUCUGAGAGAAUAAAACGCUGUUCUAUGUCACCACUAUGUACUAUGUAUGUCAAAGGAACCUUUAAAGGAGCUACACUGUCCUGAAAUUCUCCACAGCUACUCUAGUGACUCAAAAUAUAUUGGAAUCCUUUAAGGUACCGAAAACAGGUCCUUUCAAAAAACAUUAAAAUAAUCUGUGUAAAACAA